UCCCCAUCACCUCGCAGACCCCGUCUCGUCUUCCGCCGUCAUGUCCGCCCCCGCCUCCCGCGCCCUCAGGCGCUGCGUCUGCACUGCGAAGCCCAACGCCUCGUACCUCCGCCCCACAGCCGCCUUCGCACAGCAGAGGAUAGCACGACGAUGGCAGUCGUCCGACGCCGCGGCGCCUGCGAACCCCAAGAUCGCGACCAUCGUGGACCAGAUUAGCCAAUUGACGCUGCUCGAGACGGCGGACUUGGUGUCGACGCUGAAGACCCGCCUCAACAUCCCCGACAUGCCCAUGGGCGGCUUCGUCGGCGGCCCCGGCGGCGCCGCACCAGCCGCCGCGCCCGUCGAAGAAGAAGAAGCCGCGCCGGCCGCCGCCGAGAAGACCAUGUUCACGCUCAAGCUGGAGAAGUUCGACGCCGGCGCCAAGCCCAAGGUGAUCAAGGAGAUCAAGGCGAUGCUGGGGCUGUCGCUCGUCGAUUCCAAGAAGUUUGUCGAGAGCGUCCCCAAGACGAUGAAGGAGGGCGUGCCCAAGGAGGAUGCGGAGAAGAUUGUUGAGACGCUGAAGGCGCUCGGGGCGACUGUUAUCAUGGAGUAGACGUCAGGAUAAUACAGGGAGCAGAUUGAGUUGGGAUGAGAGGAUUGCAAGAGUGGGGAAGACAGGAGGAAACGGGGAGACGUGUAUUAUAUCACCGGCAUUGCGCAUGUCCAGAUAUGUAUAAGAACAUGUUCUUGGAUUGCAGAACACCACUUUGGACGGUUACACUCUGUGGCAUCCAUGUCCGUC